GUCUCUCCGACGGCUACCUUUCGGUGCACCUCUGAAACUCUCGAGUGGAGAGAACUUGGAGAUUUGCUUCCUGCCAGGUUGCAGAACACCGUACGAAUGGAAGAUCCUAAGCUAGCACCAGGAGGCUCGACGGUAGAAACGCCGGCAGCGUCUCAUGAUCUCCAUCCUCCGCUGGCCUCAGCUCAUGUAUCUCCGCCUCCGGCUGACGGACCUCAGCCUCCGCCUCCGCAAACGGCGUCCGCGACGCAGCAGCCUACGCCGUCAAUUAUGGAUGCGCAGGGUAGGGGCCGAAAACGACCGCUUGAGUGCAAUAUGCAGAUCGAGAACUCCAAGUACUUCAAGAUGCGUCUCAUCGUCAGAGAUCUUCGCCCUCUCUUUCUAGAGCUGCUUCGAACUCCCGACUUCAAGAACUGCAAGGCAGCCAGAGAAGUUCAAGAAAAGAUGAAGCUUGUGCUUGAACUUUACCAACAAAUGACUGGAGAGCCAGCCAAAUGCGAGGACGCACCAAAAACCCAGUCCUUGUCAAAUGGAAAUGUAGUUGAUCAAAUUCUGCAGGAUGCCAGCGUGAAAUCAGUUGAAAUGCAAUCGUUCCAGACCGGAGCUUUGUCUGAGAAGCAUCAGUCCGAAGGCAACAAUAGCGUAGGAGGAGACCCGGUCGUUGGAGGGUCUGCCUUUGGGUGGAAUUUCGUUACCUUUGGAGGCACUGAACCUGUGUUCUAUGGAAUGACAAAGGAAGAGUACAGAAGCUCUCACCCAAUUACCAAGGGAGAGUUAGGCAGUCGAGUUGCUGAGACAUAACUUACUCAUCCCAUCACCUUGUAAUUUUGUACAAGCCAUGUUUGCUGCUGAAUUCAGGGUGAAUUUCUAAGAGAGCCCGUUAAUUUAUGUUUCAUUUUUUUUUUGUAAUGUCUGAUACCAACCAAAUGCAUAUGCAGCCUCUAUUUUGUAUAAAAAUGGGAGAUUGUGUUAUA